GAUUGAGUUUUACUCUUCCACUAGAGGCUUCUUUUGCUGCUGAGUUUGUUUAGUAAUGUUGAGUUGAAUUUUGUGUUAAAUAUUAUGAAAAAAGAACUAGGGUGCAAAAUAUGAUGAAUUCUUCACCAUCCAAACAUUUCAACGAUGCAGAAUAACGAAAGAAUAAAAAGGACUUCAAUGGUCGUUUCAUUAUUUCCACUCCUCUAAUCAUUCGUGUACCGACAAAAGUACCAACCUUAGUGAAACUCCCACUGCCACCCCGCUUCCUUUCCAUUUUCAUUUCCCUAACCAUUUGCCUUAUUUAAACACAAACGAAACUCCACAACAACAAAAAUAAACUCAAACAGUCAACGCACUCUCUCCCUUUCCCUUUCUCCUUCUUCUUCUCUUUCUCAAUCUCCCUUUUCCACUGCUCGGGUAUAGAGAAAAAUGGAUAAUCUUUUUCAAUCAAUGGUGGCGAGUGUGCCUAUGGGAGUGGGUACGAUAUUGUUCACGACGUUUUGCCUCGUAGGAGGGGGUUUGGUUUAUUUCUAUGGACCGUACUGGGGAGUGAGAAGGGUGCCUGGUCCACCAGCUAUUCCGCUGGUCGGACACCUUCCCUUGCUGGCUAAGUACGGCCCAGACGUUUUCUCUGUCCUCGCCUCCCAAUAUGGUCCUAUCUUCAGGUUCCAUAUGGGUAGACAGCCAUUGAUAAUUAUAGCAGACCCUGAGCUUUGUAAAGAAGUUGGUAUCAAGAAAUUCAAGGACAUCUCAAACAGAAGUGUCCCUUCUCCAAUAUCAGCUUCCCCGCUUCAUCAGAAAGGUCUUUUCUUCACAAGGGAUGCAAGAUGGUCGACAAUGCGAAACACAAUACUCUCAGUCUAUCAGCCCUCUCAUCUAACGAGAUUAAUACCCACUAUGCAAUCAAUCAUCGAAACUGCAACUCAAAAUCUCCAUUCCUCUGUCGAGGAAGAUAUCCCUUUCUCUAAUCUCUCCCUUAAAUUGACCACCGAUGUUAUUGGAACAGCAGCCUUCGGUGUCAACUUUGGGCUCUCUAAUCCACAUGCAACCAAAACCUGUGGUACCAAUGACCAAGACAGUAAAAAUGAUGAAGUUUCGGACUUCAUCAAUCAACAUAUCUACUCCACAACGCAGCUCAAGAUGGAUUUAUCGGGUUCCUUCUCAAUCAUUUUGGGACUUCUUGUCCCUGUACUCCAAGAGCCAUUUAGACAAGUCCUGAAGAGAAUACCAUUCACCAUGGACUGGAAAGUUGACCGGACAAAUCAGAAGUUGAGUGGUAGACUUAAUGAGAUUGUGGACAAGAGAAUGAAAUGUAACGAUCGAGGUUCGAAAGAUUUCUUAUCACUCAUUUUGAGAGCAAGAGAGUCAGAGACGGUAUCAAGGAAUGUCUUCACUCCAGACUACAUCAGUGCAGUCACGUACGAACACCUACUUGCUGGGUCAGCUACGACAGCAUUCACAUUGUCUUCUGUUGUAUAUUUAGUUGCUGGACAUCCAGAAGUCGAGAAGAAAUUGCUUGAAGAGAUUGACAACUUUGGUCCAUCAGAUCAGAUACCAACAGCUAAUGAUCUUCAGCAGAUGUUUCCAUAUCUUGAUCAGGUGAUUAAAGAGUCCAUGAGGUUCUACACUGUUUCCCCUCUAGUAGCUAGAGAGACAUCUAAAGAUGUGGAGAUUGGUGGAUAUCUUCUUCCAAAGGGGACAUGGGUUUGGUUAGCACUUGGAGUUCUUGCCAAGGAUCCAAAGAACUUUCCAGAACCAGAUAAAUUUAAGCCAGAAAGGUUUGAUCCAAAUGAGGAAGAGGAGAAACGAAGGCAUCCCUAUGCUUUAAUCCCAUUUGGAAUUGGUCCUCGAGCAUGCAUUGGUCAAAAAUUUGCCCUUCAGGAAUUGAAGCUCUCUUUGAUUCAUUUGUAUAGGAAGUUUGUAUUUCGGCAUUCCCUCUCCAUGGAACAACCUCUUGAACUUGAGUAUGGUGUCAUUCUCAACUUCAAAAAUGGUGUCAAGCUCAGAGUGAUCAACCGUAAAUAGAGGGCGUCAGAAUCACUACAGUUUCGUUAUCAGUUUGUAUGCUAAGUAUCGGUCAUCAAAACAGUGUCCAAAGAUGUUUAUGUACGUUCCUAAUAUACAAAUUAUCGAUUUAGGAUU